AUGAAAAAACUUUCCAAUGGAAAACAAAUAUUUGCGUUAAACAAUAUCAAAGAUUACACUGAGAUUGAAUCUGCGAGUAACUUUUCUCCUGAUUUAAUUGUAGGUUUUUAUGUUUCAAUAACAGCAACAAGUUGUCAAGCAGAAAAUGAAGCUGUUUUGAUAAACCAGAUUCCAAAAGGUGCACUGAUGAGAACAAUGAACUGUCUUCUGAAACUUCUUAUGUUUCAAAGUGAUAUAUUCCUGGUUAAUGACUUACUGGAAUCAUAA